AUGAAGACCCUCCUGCUGCUGGUGGUGGUCCUGGCCUUUGGCCUGCUGCAGGCCCAUGGAGCUCUGUGGAAUUAUGGAUCAAUGAUCGGGAAAGUAGUAGGAAAGAAGGCGAUCUUCAACUACAGCCGCUAUGGCUGCCACUGUGGCUUCGGAGGCAAAGGAACUCCCAAGGAUGCGACAGACCAGUGCUGCCUUCAGCGUGACUGUUGUUACCGCCGUCUGAGGGAGGAGGGAUGCAGAACCAAACUUGUCCACUAUAGGUUUGACUACAAAGAGAACCAAGUCACGUGUGUCAAUCAGAAUUCCUGUAAAAAGAAAUUGUGUGAGUGUGAUAAAGCAGCUGUCCUCUGCUUUAAGGAAAACUUGAACAGCUACAAUCAAACAUACCGUUUCUACAGCAGACGGGGGUGUAAAGGGAAGGCCCCCCAGUGCUGA